GUAGUGAGCUUAAUAAAUAUGAUACAGUCGAAUACCGUUAGAAGAUUACAUGCUAUCGAGAUUACUCUUUUUAUCUCUGUAAAAUUUUUUUAUAAUAAAGGUUGUCUCCUAAAUUUACACAAACUAUUUCAGAUCAGUCGUGAAGAAACCUAUGUCCGUGAACAGAAUUUAAAAGAAGGACGCGCGGAGGAAUCUGCUCGCCAUUUACCUGGACAAACUAAACCAACAACAGAUUUUGCCAAAAAAGCAGUUGUUCAACCAAUGGCAGAAGCUAAAGUCAAAAUUGGUGAACAAACAAAAACAAUACAAGCACCGUCAAAGGAAGAAAUUGAAGAGAAGAAAAGGAAGGAAGAAGAAAGGAAGAGGAAAAUAAAAGAAGAAGAGGAAGAAAAAAAGAGAAAAGAAGAAGAAAGGAAGAAAAAAAUAAAAGAAGAGGAGGAAAGGAAGAGGAAAAAGUUGAAGGAGGAGGAAGAGAAAAGAAAGAAAUUGGAAGAGGAAGCGAAGGCUUUAGCAAAGAAGAAGGCAACAGAAGAAAUGAAGAAAAAAACAGCUGAAGAAGUAGCAAAGGUAAAUAAUAAAAUAGUAGAUAGACUUUGUUGGGUGUUGGGUAUCCUUAAAAUAUUUCAAAUAUAUUGA